CCGCCAUAGAGAAGGGCUGAGUCCUGAUUUUAAGGGGAAGGGAUCCUUGCGCUUUUAGGUGACUCGGAGCUGCUGCAGGUGAUAACCUCGCGUGGGCAUCUCACGGCUCCUUUCCUCUUUCCAGCCUGUAGGUAACAAAGAUGCAGUUUCCUGGAACAAAGAGAAAGAAAUUGAGUCUGGCAGGUGACCAGAGGAGUGCUUCCUAUCCUCAUAGCCUUCAGUUCUACCUACAACCUCCGUCUGAAAACAUAUCUUUGUCAGAGUUUGAAACUCUGGCCAUUGAAAGGCUUAAACUGCUCAAGACAGUUGAAAAUCUUGGUGUAAGCUAUUUGAAAGGGUCUGAGCAAUACCAGAAUAAGUUGGAGAGUGAGAUUCGAAAACUCAAAUUUUCUUACAGAGAAAGUUUAGAUGAUGAAUUUGAAGCACGAAGGAGAGAUCACAUAUCUCAUUUCAUCUUGCGUCUUGCUUAUUGCCAGUCAGAGGAUCUCAGGCGCUGGCUCAUUCAACAAGAAAUGGACCUGUUUCGAUUUCGAUUCAGCAUUCUGCCUCCUGACAAGGUCCAGGAUUUCUUAAAGGAUAGCCAUCUACGGUUUGAAACUAUUAGUAAAGAAGAAAAGGAGCUCCACUUUCAGGAUAUUCUUGACUCAUCAGUACCUUUAAGUGGAAACAAGUAUGAAUUAGAUGCUGUUUAUAAGGUUCCUUUUUCUGAUGCUCUGGAUUUGUUCCGAGGAAGGAAAGUCUAUUUGGAGCGUGGCUUUGCAUUUGUGCCACAUCAGGAUAUCGUGUCAAUCAUCUUGAAUGACUUUAGAGCCAAACUGUCCAAGGCUUUGGCAUUAACAGCAAGGUCACUGCCGUCUGUGCAGUCUGAUGAACGACUACAGCCUCUUCUUGAUCACCUCAGUCAUUCCUAUGUUGGUCAAGAUUAUAAUGCACAAGGAAAUGUGGGGAAAAUUUCAUUGGAUCAGCUUGAUUCUCUUGCAAUGAAAUCAUUCCCGCUUUGUAUGCGUCAGUUGCAUAAAGCUUUGCGAGAACAUCAUCAUCUUCGUCAUGGUGGCCGAAUGCAAUACGGUCUUUUCCUGAAGGGCAUUGGCUUAACUCUUGAGCAGGCUUUGCAGUUUUGGAAGCUAGAAUUUAUCAAAGGAAAAGUGGAUACAGACAAGUUUGACAAAGGCUAUGCUUACAACAUCCGCCAUAGCUAUGGUAAGGAAGGCAAGAGGACAGACUAUACGCCAUUCAGCUGCAUGAAGAUUAUACUAACCAAUCCACCAAGCCAAGGGGAUUAUCACGGGUGCCCAUUCCGCCACAGUGAUCCUGAGCUAUUGAAGCAGAGGCUCCAGUCAUCCAAGAUCUCUCAAACCGGGAUAAACCAGAUUUUGGAUUAUGUAAAAGGCACUCACUACCAGUUGGCCUGCCAGAAGUUCUUUGAUCUAACACAUAAUGUUGAAGAUGGCAUGUUUUCUUUGAAUCAUCCUAAUCAGUAUUUUUUGGAGAGCCAGAAGCUUCUCAGUGGUGGCCGAGAAGUCAGAAAGGAGCCUAGCCAGCCAGAAGUUCCUCAGGCCAGGCAGAGUGCCCAGAAAACUGCUAAUUCAGCAUCAUCUUCUCUCCCAGCAUCUUUAGAUUCUACACUGGAAAUGGAUAUGGAAGGGUUGGAGGGUUACUUCAGUGAAUAAUACUUGAUUGUCUCCCUUCUUCCUCAGCCUUCAGUUCUUCUUUCUAGGUUUUAACAGGUUCUCUCUUCCCCCUUCCUAACCUAAUUAGUAACAGGAGAGAGUCAUUUUCCUGGAUGGAUAUAGUUAUUUCAUUCAUAUUAUAACCUGAAACAGUAUCUUUUAAUUCCUCUUAGUUUAACCUGUUGCUUUCCCACUCCUUUUUCUCUCUACCAUCACAAUGGAAAAUAAAUAAUAAAAUGGAAAUGGAAACGUGUAUGUUUAUGAGGGAAAAAUGAUACUGAGGGAAGGAGAUGUCAUAACAGCAGAUUGGAUGUUGCCACAUUUUUUAAAAAAUGAUAUAUCUCAGGGACUUCCCAACAUACAACUGGUUGCCAUAUGCCAAGAAAAGAGGGAGUGCAAAUAAUCAGAGAAGAGCAGACCAGUCUGCAAAACUGUUUUUCAUCUGGGCAGUCCCCACUCCUUUUAAUUUUUUUGCAUAGAAAGAGAAAUCCCUUGCUGAAUGGAUUGUCAUCUUUUUUUUUUUUAGUGACUGAUUGGCAGCAAAAUCUCUCAAGUGUCCCAUAAAUCUCUGACUUAUAAAUUAGUAGAUAAAGGGAAACAAAGAAAGACCUUGUAUAUAAUGUGGUUUAGCUUUCAUUUUCAUUCUGAGGCCUCAUUACUGAAAGUAAUUAAGCAUUCCAACUUUAAUUUUCAGUUUAUUCUUUGAUAGAUUCAGUAUGAAUCGAGUUAGUAAAGGGGGAGAUAUAAGGAGGUUUGUUUGAGUUAAUUUCCUCCUUUGUCCUUUAAAAUCCAGUACUCCAGUGCUUCCUGCUUCUGUUGACAGUUGAGUAAAGUCAACUAAGUUUGGUGGCUUACAUGAUUUUAAUGGAAUCAUAAGCUUCUUGGAAAGUAGCAUAGCAUCAUAAAAAGAGUAUGAGACUUCAGAUGCCUAUAUUUAGAACUGGAAGAAACCUUUGAGGUUCACUCCUAUCCACCCAACCCUCCAUUGUGUGGAUACAGAUCCUGGGCCCCAGAGAAAUGAAAUGAUUUAUGGGAUCUUAGAUCUAGAGAUGGAAGAAACCCCCGAGACACCUAGUCUAGUGAUUUUUCCUAAAGGGCAGGUCACGUCACUCCCCUACUCAGUAAACUCCAGUGGCUCCUUAUCAUUAUUAUUUUUUUUUUAGUGAGGCAAUUGGGGUUAAGUGACUUGCCCAAGGUCACACAGCUAGUAAGUGUUAAGUGUCUGAGGCCGGAUAUGAACUCAGGUACUCCUGACUCCAGGGCCGGUGCUCUAUCCACUGUGCCACCUAGCUGCCCCACAGUUCCUUAUCAUUUUUAAGACUCAAAGGCCUUCAUAACCCAGCCUCUUCCUAUCUUUCCAGUUUUCCUACACCUUACUACUAACCACAUACCUUUCAGUUCAGUGACACAGGCAUCCUUGAUAACCCAUGACCCGAGAGACCCCAAAUCUUGGCCCUGGACAUUUUCUCUGUCACCCACUUUCUUCUCAGUUCAUUUAUUGAUUGAUUUCCUUGGCUUCCUUUAAAUUUCAGCUAAAAUCCUGUCUUUUACAGGAAACCUUUCCUAAUCCCUCUUAA